AGCGCGGGGAGGGGGAGGGGGUCUGGAGGGGGCUUUGCAGCUUUUAGAGAGACACACACCGGGAGCCGAGGCUCCAGUCUCCGGCCGAGCCUUCUCGCAGCCGCAGCCCACCUGGGGCCAGCCCGGUGCGGCCGGCGCUGCUCAGCUCCCUCCCUCCUUCCCGGCCCUUCGGCCGCGGCAGCGCGCGCCUGCCUUUUCUGGGGGCGGGGGCCCGGCUCGCGCUCUCCCCUCUCCGAGGCGCCCGCUCGGACAUCCCGAGGAUUGCUACUUCUCUGCCAACUUCGCCAACUCACCCGCACUUGGAGCGGCCCGGCUCCCCGCCCGGCGCCCUCGGGCCGCCCCCCCCCCUCGGCUCCUCGCCCUCUCCGACCGCCGCCUCUCGGAUGACCGGGUUCCAGGGGAGCUGAGCGAGCCGCCUCCCCCGCCCAGCCUCAGCCCUGGCCUCAGCGGCCGCGCGCGCCAUGCGCCCCCAGAUCCCCCCGGCCCGGCCCGCCGCCCCGGGGCCGCUCUGCUGACCGCCCGGCCCCGCGCCCCGACGGUGGGAAGUUGCGGUCGCUGCGGUUGCCAGCUCCGACCCGCCCGGGAAGCGUCCCCGCGGGGAGCGCAGCGCGGCGCCCCCCGCCCGCCCUGCCGCUGCCGGGCGCCCGCUCACCUCCCCCACCCCCGCCUCCCCAACGUCCCUCCCUUUUCUCCUCAAGUCCUGAAGUUGAGUUUGAGAGGCGACACGGCGGCGGCGGCCGCGCUGCUCCCGCUCCUCUGCCUCCCCAUGGAUAUGCACUGCAAAGCAGACCCCUUCUCCGCGAUGCACCCAGGGCACGGGGGUGUGAACCAGCUCGGGGGGGUGUUUGUGAACGGCCGGCCCCUGCCCGACGUGGUGAGGCAGCGCAUCGUGGAGCUGGCCCACCAGGGUGUGCGGCCCUGCGACAUAUCCCGGCAGCUGCGGGUCAGCCACGGCUGUGUCAGCAAAAUCCUGGGCAGGUACUAUGAAACCGGCAGCAUCAAGCCCGGAGUGAUCGGAGGCUCCAAGCCCAAAGUGGCGACCCCCAAAGUGGUGGACAAGAUUGCUGAAUACAAGCGACAGAACCCAACUAUGUUCGCCUGGGAGAUCCGAGACCGGCUCCUGGCCGAGGGCAUCUGCGACAAUGACACGGUGCCCAGCGUCUCGUCCAUCAACAGGAUCAUCAGGACCAAAGUUCAGCAGCCUUUCCACCCAACGCCUGAUGGGGCUGGGACGGGAGUGACUGCCCCUGGCCACACCAUUGUUCCCAGUACGGCCUCCCCUCCUGUUUCCAGCGCCUCCAAUGAUCCAGUGGGAUCCUACUCUAUCAACGGGAUCCUGGGGAUCCCUCGCUCCAAUGGUGAGAAGAGGAAACGUGAUGAAGUCGAGGUAUACACUGAUCCUGCCCACAUUAGAGGAGGUGGAGGUUUGCAUCUGGUCUGGACUUUAAGAGAUGUGUCCGAGGGCUCAGUCCCCAAUGGAGACUCCCAGAGUGGCGUGGACAGUUUGCGGAAGCACUUGCGAGCUGACACCUUCACCCAGCAGCAGCUGGAAGCUUUGGAUCGGGUCUUUGAGCGUCCUUCCUACCCUGACGUCUUCCAGGCAUCAGAGCACAUCAAAUCAGAACAGGGGAACGAGUACUCCCUCCCAGCCCUGACCCCUGGGCUUGAUGAAGUCAAGUCGAGUCUAUCUGCAUCCACCAACCCCGAGCUGGGCAGCAACGUGUCAGGCACGCAGACAUACCCCGUGGUGACCGGUCGUGACAUGGCGAGCACCACCCUGCCUGGUUACCCCCCUCAUGUGCCCCCCACUGGCCAGGGAAGCUACCCCACCUCCACCCUGGCAGGAAUGGUGCCUGGGAGCGAGUUCUCCGGCAACCCGUACAGCCACCCCCAGUACACGGCCUACAACGAGGCUUGGAGAUUCAGCAACCCCGCCUUACUAAGUUCCCCUUAUUAUUAUAGUGCCGCCCCCCGGGGCUCCGCCCCUGCCGCUGCUGCCGCUGCCUAUGACCGCCACUAGUUACCGCGGGGACCACAUCAAGCUUCAGGCCGACAGCUUCGGCCUCCACAUCGUCCCCGUCUGACCGCCCACCCCGGAGGGAGGGAGGACCGACGCGACGCGAUGCCUCCCGGCCACCGCCCCAGCCCCACCCCCACCCCAGGAACCCUGCAGCCCUUCACACCACCCCGUCGAAGGCCGGACAGGACGGGUGGAGCCGCGGGCGGGACCCUCAGGCCCGGGCCCGCCGCCCCCAACCCCGCCCGCCGCCCCUCCCCGCCUGCCUGGACUGCGCGGCGUCGAGAGGAGGGCGCGACCCAGCUCGCCCCGACUUGGCCCGAGCCGACCCCGGAGCGGACCAGCCACACCGCGGGACCCUGGCCGGGCCCGCCGCCACGCGCGGGGGACACGUUUCUGUGACACACAAUCAGCGCAGACUGCAGCGCGGCCCAGCCCCGGAGCAGCCCGCGUCGGACGCUCCGGCGCCUGGAGGCUUCGCUGGAGGGACUGGGCGAAGGAAAUUAAGAACAAAACGAUUUUUCUGCAGAAGGAGGAAGAGCCCCCUGCCGAAUCCUCGGGGAAAAGUCCUUACGCUCGCGCCAGCCGGACUGCCCCCACCUUCCGAGUGUGCCCUACCCCAGAAGGCGGAAAGGAAUGGCGUGGGGUCCGGGCUCUUGGGACGGGGGUUGGGGUCAUCAGGUCUUUCCGAAGUUGGGACCCAAGGCACGCAGGCCCCAGCAGCGCGCACCCACCGAGCCCUACUCUUGGCUCUACCCUAUUCCACCUGAACUGCCUGGUUCCCCAGGGCACGCCUACUAGUGACCAGACUCUCGGCCCCAUCUCGCCCCUACCUCAGCGUCUCUUCCAUCUGCGGCCCUCCCAUUCUUCCCCCCUGCCUGUCCUUUUCCCACCCCACGACUCUGCACCUCUCCUUCCUAACUCCUCGCCCCCGCGGAGGCUCUCCAGUGCCCGCUGCAGGACCAGUUUCCGUAGGCCGCGGGCACUGGUCUUCCCGGGCAGUUCCUGGACGUCCCCUCCCCCGACACAGACUCGCGAUCUGCCGGUGGUAGGAGCCGGUUCUGAGCCGGCGUCUGAGCUGCGGCGGGGUGGGGGUGAGGGCCGCCCGCCCCAUCCCCACCCCCACCCCCACCCCCAGCCUCCUCCUCCGGCAGGAACUGAACAGAACCGCGAAAAGUCUACAUUUAAUAUGAUGGUCUUUCCAAAAAGGAGAAGCAAAACAAAACAGAAACCCAACAGGCUGCUGCUUUGUAAAAAGACGGUGUGUGUCGUGUGAAGGCGAACCCCGAUGUAUAUAAGCCCGCCCCUCCGCCCCGCCCCGCCCGGUAGAGUCCCCGCUGCCCGCCCGCCCUGCCUGUAGAUACGCCCCUCUGUCUGUGCUGUGAGAGUCGCCGCUCGCUGGGGGGGAGGGGGGGACACAGCUACACGCCUACUAAAGCACAGCACGUCCCGGGGGAGGGGGGCAUUUUUUAUGUUACAAAAAAAAAAAAUUACGAAAGAAAAGAAAUCUCUAUGCAAAACGACGAACAUGGUCUUGUGGACUCCUCUCGCCUCUGUUUCGUUGGCUAUUUCUCUGUAAUUCCGUGUUUUCGCUCUCCUCGUCUCUCUCCUCCGCAUCUCUCCCCCUCUCUCCAUCUCUCUCGUCCCCGCCUCUCUCCCCCUCUGUCUCUGUCUCUGUCUCUGUCUCCGCCCCUCCCUCGGCCUCUCCCCCCAGCCCCGGCCCGGCCGCCUAGCCCUCGCCGGCUAGCCCCGAGGUGGCCCCCCGACCCCAGCCCCGGGCUCGCCCCUCCGGCCGUGCCCCGCGCGCCCUGGGCCGCCCCGCCCCGUAGUUGCUCUCUCGGUAGCGGCGAUGCGCCCUGCAUGUCUCCUCACCCGUGGAUCGUGACGACUCGAAAUAACAGAAACAAAGUCAAUAAAAGUGAAAAUAAAUAAAUAAAUAAAUAAAUAAAAAUCCUUGAACAAAUCCGAAAAGGCUUGGAGUCCUCGCCCAGAUUAUCUCUCUCCCCUUCGAGCCUUGUUAUUUGAAAAGGAAAACGAGAAAAGAGAAUAGUUGAAGGGAACUGCCGGCGCCCGGCCAGGCUCCAGUGGCCCGAGCGGGGCCGCGAGGGCGCUGAGGUUCAAACUCCGAGGCCGGGUCCUUCCCAGUCCUCGUGGAGCUGGCCUGGCCGGGCAGGGGCCCCAGACCCAGGACCCAGCCAAACCCUCGAGAGAUCCCCGACAGCUCUGGUCUCCUUAGCCACUUUCAGCGCGUCGGUUCGUUUUGAUUCUUUUCUUUUUCUUUCUUUUCUUUUCUUCUUUUUUUUUGUGCACAUGAGAAAUAAAUAAUAAUAAUAAUAAAUAAUAAUAAUAAAUAAUAAUAAUAAUAAUAAAAUUUUGUAUGGCA